CGUCUUCUGAGACGUGCCUCCGCCCCUCUGCUCCCCCACUCCCCGCGCGCGCGCACACACAUCGCAGAGUUUCCCUUUCCGGGCCCCCGAGAGGAGGGCCUGAGGUGGGAGCAUGAGGUUGUCGUUGGCUGCAGCUAUCUCCCACGGCCGCGUCUACCGCCGCCUGGGCCUGGGUCCCGAGUCCCGCAUCCAUCUGCUGCGGAACUUGCUCACGGGCCUAGUUCGCCACGAACGCAUCGAGGCGACAUGGGCACGCGCGGACGAGAUGAGGGGCUACGCGGAGAAGCUCAUCGAUUAUGGAAAGCUGGGCGACACCAACGAACGAGCCAUGCGUAUGGCUGACUUCUGGCUCACAGAGAAGGACUUGAUCCCAAAGCUGUUUAAAGUGCUAGCGCCUCGGUUCCAAGGUCAGAAUGGGAACUACACAAGAAUGCUACAGAUCCCGAAUCGGAAGGAGCAAGAUCGUGCCAAGAUGGCGGUGAUAGAAUAUAAAGGGAACUACCUCCCUCCCCUGCCUCUGCCUCACAGAGACAGCAACCUUACUCUCCUAAACCAGCUGCUCCUGGGACUGCAGCAGGACCUGCACCAUAACCAGGAAGCAAGCCUCCACAGCUCCUGUACAGUUCAAACACCAAAGACUUAACUGGAGCUGGAGAGUGCAUAGGUGUGGUGCCCGUGUUCAUGGGUCUUGGAGCUCAUGCAGUGUGUGAGACCUGGAAGUAGCAUUGUAAAGCCCCCUCAUAAUGAGGCCCAGACCUCCCUGGUGACUCACACGAUCCUCUUUGCACAGGAGAUAAAAGUCUUGAUAUGAAUAUAA